AUGAUUAUCUACACUGAUAUCGUUUCCGGCGACGAGAUCGUCUCCGAUACCUUCAACCUUGUCCCCAACAAGGACUUUGAUGUCCUCUGGGAGUGUGAUUGCCGCAAGUACCUGAAGCGCUCCAAUGAGGACUUCCAGCUUGAGGGUGCCAACCCCUCUGCUGAGGGUGGCGAUGAUGAGGACGGUGGCGAUGGCGAGGCCGUCAUGGUCCACGAUAUCGAGGAUCAGUUCCGUCUGCACUGGCUCAAGGUCGAGGACGGUGCUAAGCCCUCCGCCAAAGCCUACAUGGCUCACAUGAAGUCUUACUUCAAGAAGCUCUGCGAAAACGCUGCGCCCAAGUUCGCCGCCGCUGAAGAUCCCGAGGAGGCCGAAAAGGAGUUCAGGAAGAAGUGUGGUGCCGCCACCAAGAAGAUUAUCAAGAACUGGGACAACUACGACGUCCUCAUGGGUCAGUCUAUGGACGGCGACGCCAUGCACGUCCUCAUUGACUUCCGUGAUGAUGGUGUCACACCCUACGCUACCGUUUGGGCUGACGGUCUCAAGGCCGUGAAGGUUUAA